CCAGCUGGCUUCACCCAAUGGAUGCCGCACCCGGGCUGCAGGUGGAGCUGCCUGCCAGUCCCGCGCCGUCUGCCCGCACUCCUCAGCCCCUGGGUGGUCGAUGGGACUGGGCGCCGUGGAGCAGGGGGUGGCGCUCGUCAGGGAGGCUCUGGCUUCACAAGAGCCCACGAGGGUGGGGGGAGGCUCAGGCAUGGCGGGCUGCAGUCCGGAGCCCUGCCCCACGGGAAGGCAGCUAAGGCCCGGCGAGAAAUGGAGCGCAGCGCCGGUGGGCCGGCACUGCUGGGGGACCCAGCACACCCUCCGCAGCCGCUGGCCCGGGUGCUAAGCCCCUCAUUGCCCGCACUCCGAGUGCGGGGCCCGCCGAGCCCACAGCCACCCGGAACUCCAGCUGGCCCGCAAGCACCGCGCGCAGCCCCGGUUGCCGCCCGCGCCUCUCCCUCCACACCUCCCGGCAAGCUGAGGGAGCCGGCUCCGGCCUUGGCCAGCCCAGAAAGGGGCUCCUACAGUGCGGCGGCGCGCUGAAGGGCCCUUCAAAUGCCGCCAAAGUGGCAGCCCAGGCAGAGGAGGCGCCGAGAGCGAGCGAUGGCUGUGAGGACUGCCAGCACGCUGUCACCUCUCACUAUGCAUCUUUCAGAAGUGCAGGCCAUCAGCAAUGCAUGAAGCAGCUCUAACCACAAUCAAGUUACAAGGACACUCAUGAGAAGCUUUUCCAUCUGAGAAACACAAAGAGCUCCAUUGAUUUUGCUAACACCCCAGAG